AUGUUACGUCCUCCCAAUCUCGACUCUUCUUCCAAAAGAAUCAUUGCUAAGCUCUAUUCGAUCAACAGACAGAAAUACAAUACAGGAGAACAUACACAGGAACCAUUUUACACAAUCUCAACCACUGUAAGAGAGAAUCUUGGACCCUGCUGUCCAGAACCAUCAUCUGCAACAACAAUGAACAACCCUGCUAUCGGGACCCUUGAAACCCCUCAACCUGGUCGAUCUCUUCCUGUCGGCUUCUCUCGAGACGCUGGGGCCGGCUUCAUGCUUGGUAGUCUUGGGGGUGUCAUUGGCUUUGCCAUCUCGUACUGCAUCGUCUGCUUCAUCAUGAGCACACUGCGAGCUCGACGCCAGCGCAACUUACGCCAGACAGCUAUAGAAUAA